UGACGCGUACCUCAAGUCUGGACCUGAUGCUGCUCGUGGUUGUGAUUCCUGAACGGCGCAUCAGGCUGGGAUAUAAAUCACUCUAUGGUGUUGCAGUGCUUUGAAGGCCAGCAGAUGGCGGAUGGGCGCCCUCUACAGGGGUGAUACUCGCACCCCCAAACGUCCACCACGUGAUGUGCAUCAAACCAUGGGCGGGCGCCGCUGGACCUCAGUCUCAGGUUAAUUAUAAGGCAAGUCUGCUGACAUUCAAGAGCAAGUUGUGGAACUUUCCUCAGCUCACACUGCCAGCACCGACCCACACGCAGCACGACCCGGCGCAGGUGAGGGACGACGCCGGCUUGCAAUAGCUGCAUGACCUGCAAACAUGUCCGUAAAGAUUCACAUCAACAGCCCCAGUGUGAAGUACACAGAUACACACAUCGAGGCUGAGUAUUCCUACCAGACCACAUCCGUGCAUAAGGACGGCAAUACACUCACAGUGACCCCCCGCUCCACUGAGAUGACCCUGCGCACGGAGACGCAUGUACCCAGGCUGGGGGUGAUGCUGGUGGGUUGGGGAGGCAACAACGGCACGACGGUCACGGCAGCUGUGCUGGCCAACAAGAUGAACCUCACCUGGAACACAAAGACCGGAGUCAAGAGGGCAAACUACUUUGGAUCCUUCCUGCAGGCGUCUACCGUGUGUGUGGGGUCGGGGCCCGAGGGCGAGGUCCAUGUGCCCUUCUGUGACCUCCUACCCAUGGUGCAGCCCAACGACAUUGUCUUUGACGGCUGGGAUAUUUCCUCACUGGAUCUCGGGAGGGCAAUGGAGCGAGCUCAAGUCCUGGACUGGUCGUUACAAGAGCAGCUACGACCAUACAUGGACGCCAUGAAACCCAGGCCAUCCAUCUACAUCCCAGAAUUCAUUGCUGCCAACCAAGAGAGUCGAGCCGACAACGUGCUCACGGGGACCAUAGCGGAGCAGUUGGAGCAAAUCAGAGCAGACAUCCGAGACUUCCAUCAGUCGAGCGGUGUGGACAAAGUCAUCGUCCUGUGGACCGCCACCACUGAGCGCUUCUGCGACGUGGUGCCCGGGAUCAACGACACGGCUGAAAACCUUCUUGCCGCCAUUCAGGCGGGCUCAGAGGUGUCUCCCUCCACUCUGUUUGCAGUGGCCAGCAUCCUGGAGGGAUGCGCCUACAUCAACGGCUCCCCUCAGAACACCUUCGUGCCGGGGGCUGUGGAGCUGGCCAUGCAGAGGGACGUCUUCAUCGGUGGGGACGACUUCAAGUCCGGCCAGACGAAGAUCAAGUCGGUGCUGGUGGACUUCCUGGUCAGCUCGGGGAUCAAGCCCACCUCCAUCGUCAGCUACAAUCACCUGGGAAACAACGACGGUAAGAAUCUGUCCGCCCCGCAGCAGUUCCGCUCCAAAGAGAUCACCAAGAGCAACGUGGUGGACGACAUGGUGCAAUCCAACCACGUACUGUACCGACGCGGCGAAAAACCCGACCACUGUGUGGUGAUUAAGUACAUUCCUUAUGUGGGAGACAGCAAGCGAGCCAUGGAUGAAUACACCUCUGAGAUCAUGAUGGGAGGCCUCAACACCAUCGUAAUGCACAACACCUGCGAGGACUCUCUUCUAGCCAGCCCAAUCAUCCUGGACCUGGCCAUCCUGACAGAACUUUGUCAGCGUGUGACGGUCCGACUCGAGGGCGAGGACCACUUCCAAUCCUUUCACAGCGUCCUGGCUAUUCUCGCCUUCCUUUGCAAGGCCCCACUCGUCCCACCUGGCACCCCUGUCAUCAACGCUUUCUUCCGUCAGAGAGCAUCUAUAGAGAACAUCAUGAGAGCGUGUCUCAGCCUCCCACCUCAGAGUCAUAUGCUGCUUGAGGAAAAGCUGCAGAGACACUUCCUGUCUCCGCACUGCGUGAACGGCGACAUUGCCGCUUUGAAAAAGAAAAUCAUCUGGAACCACAAGGAGGCUACAAACGGCAUCUAUGCCAAUGGUGAGGACGAUGCAGAGCACUCCAAUUAAAGAUGUGAAAUGUAACAAAAUUGUGAUCCUUAAUAAUACAAUCCUCACUUAUCGUGGCUAGAUUAGGAAUAAACCAACGUAAAACCAUCAAUUCUCUAAUGUCACCCGUUUUCCUGUCAAUUUAAGUGUUUACUUGAAUAAAAGCCGCCAU